GGGACGCCAACGAACCGUCUGCACGUUCCUGCAUGUACACCCGCCUAUCCUAACCUUUUUUAUGGCGAUGGGCGAAUGACGGCGCAGCGAUUCAGCUCUUUUUGUGCACAUUUUUCUGAGGUCUCAGCUUGCGCGCGCGAGCAGUUCGUUGCCCCUCCCCCUACCCUUUUUUCCGGCUUUCCGGGAAGUAUGGCUGCCUCAGCCACGAUGGCUACUUCAGGUUCUGCCCGAAAGCGUUUGCUGAAGGAGGAAGACAUGACCAAAGUGGAAUUCGAGACCAGUGAAGAGGUGGACGUGACACCCACCUUCGACACGAUGGGUUUGCGGGAGGACCUGUUGCGUGGCAUAUACGCCUACGGUUUUGAGAAACCAUCAGCUAUCCAACAGCGUGCUAUCAAACAAAUUAUUAAAGGAAGAGAUGUCAUUGCACAGUCUCAAUCUGGUACAGGCAAAACAGCAACAUUUAGCAUUUCAGUUCUCCAGUGUUUGGAUAUUCAGGUGCGAGAAACCCAGGCUUUGAUAUUAGCCCCAACCAGGGAAUUAGCUGUCCAAAUUCAAAAGGGUCUGCUUGCUCUAGGUGAUUACAUGAAUGUCCAAUGUCACGCCUGUAUUGGGGGGACAAAUGUUGGUGAAGAUAUCAGGAAAUUGGAUUAUGGGCAGCAUGUUGUUGCUGGUACACCAGGGCGUGUAUUUGAUAUGAUUCGUCGCAGAAGUUUAAGAACCCGUGCUAUCAAGAUGUUGGUUUUGGAUGAAGCUGAUGAAAUGCUUAAUAAAGGGUUCAAGGAACAAAUUUAUGAUGUGUACAGAUACUUGCCUCCAGCUACUCAGGUGGUUUUAAUCAGUGCUACAUUGCCUCACGAAAUCUUAGAAAUGACCAACAAAUUCAUGACUGAUCCAAUUCGCAUCUUGGUAAAACGUGAUGAAUUGACUCUUGAAGGAAUCAAACAAUUUUUUGUGGCAGUGGAAAGGGAAGAAUGGAAAUUUGAUACUUUAUGUGAUCUUUAUGAUACAUUGACCAUCACUCAAGCAGUCAUCUUUUGUAAUACCAAAAGGAAGGUAGACUGGCUAACUGAAAAGAUGAGAGAAGCCAACUUCACUGUUUCAUCAAUGCAUGGAGACAUGCCCCAGAAAGAGAGAGAGUCUAUCAUGAAAGAGUUUAGAUCUGGUGCAAGCCGAGUACUCAUUUCUACAGAUGUGUGGGCCAGAGGAUUAGAUGUUCCCCAAGUCUCUCUGAUCAUUAAUUAUGACUUACCCAAUAACAGAGAAUUAUAUAUACACAGAAUUGGGAGAUCAGGUCGAUAUGGCCGAAAGGGUGUUGCAAUUAAUUUUGUCAAGAAUGAUGAUAUACGUAUUCUCAGAGAUAUUGAACAGUACUAUUCAACACAAAUUGAUGAAAUGCCCAUGAAUGUUGCUGAUCUUAUCUGAGGAAACAACUUUGAAGACCAGUUGGAGUCUAUUUUCUUAGUUUUCUACUAUAUUUGGAAGUUGGAGAACUUACUGUCUGCCAUAGAAGUACAAUUUUUAUUUAAUAAGAGGGUUUAUUUGUGUUAAACUCUCUUCACCCAGCUCUUGUCCCACAAACUGCUUUGUGGAAUUUCUGCCUGCUUGCGUGUAAAAUAUGCAUUAAGUAUGUUUUUCAUUAAAAAAUGAGAAAUUUUCACAUAAA